AUGUUCUCAUCCGGUAAUCGAGUAUUUUCGUUUGGAAGUCCCAGUGUUGAUUCUGUUGUCCAACGCUAUAAGACACAGGGCCCACCUCCCCUCCUUACCUUGGACCUCAACAAGGUGCACUCCACUGUGGACGAAGUUGAUCUCCACACACACCUCCACUGCUUGUCCAACCAAAUUGCUAUUGAGAAGAAGCGCACAAAGGAUUUAAAUCAUUUAGCGAAGGCUGCAGAGGAUCAAUUCUGGUGGGCUAGGCCUAUUGAAAGCAUGACCGAUUCCCAACUUGACAAGUAUAAGAAGAUGUUAGAGGAGUUUAAGAGACAACUCAAAGAAAAACGUGGGAACCUCAACUGA